AUGUCGAGACUGCCGAAACUCAGCGAGCAAAUACAAGAUGUUUCCGAUCCCAGAGACUUUCUGCGAACUAAACUACCUGAACUUGUGGACCUUGAUACACUCCUCAGAUGUCAUAUUUGCAAAGGCUUCAUUAAGACACCGGUACUUACUCCCUGCGGCCAUACGUUCUGCUCUCUGUGUAUUAGAGAAUACUUAAACAGAGAGCUGAAGUGCCCUUUAUGUCUUGCGGAGUUGAGAGAAUCGAUGCUGAGAAGUGAGUUCCUUGUUAACGAGAUCAUCGCCAGUUAUGUGGGUCUGCGAUCAAAGCUGCUUGAAAUCGCGCGAAGCGGGCCAGAUGGUACGGUACCGCACAGUGAUACCUCUUUGAUCGAAAUCGCACCGGGCGAUGAAGGAGCUCACGAACUAUCAGGAGACGACGACUUACAGAUCAUUGAAACUAGGCGAAACAGGCCUGCCAAGCGUAACGCUGAGAUUGUCCUGAUGCCCUCGAAAAAAUCACGUCGUGACUCCGAGAAGCCUGGCAUUUCAUCAAUGAUUAGCAAAUCUAAGAGUCCAGCGCUGCCCGAGGACAGCGCUGAAUGUCCAAUUUGUCAAAAGCAUUUUCCGCUCGAGUACCUACAAAGGACGCACUUGGAUGAAUGCUUGACGAUGGGCUCCCUGGGUGCUGCAGCGAAGCCUACAAGCCCGCCCAAAAUUGGAAAAGCGAGCAAUGAAACCACAGUCUCUGUUCAACCUGCAGCAGAACGCAUUUCUGAGCCCUCAGUUUCAGCUAAUACCACGCAUAGUAAUAGGUAUUUGGAAUCUGGCCAAAAACAAGGGGUCGCGAGACUUGCAAAACUAAACUUCUCUUCGAUGAGCAUGCAACAGCUCAAGUCAAAGCUUACAUCUUUAAAGCUUUCUACCAUUGGAAGCCGGCAGCAGCUUAUUAAUAGAUACAACCAUUAUGAGAUGUUAUGGAACAGCAAUUUCAUGGACUCUAUAGAACCCUUGGAGGAAAAGGAGCUGCGAAGGAGACUUGCAAGCUGGGAGGCAACGCAUAAUUCUUCGGAAGGUACACUAAGAAAAGGCAAUAUCUCGAAACUGCUCAACAAGAAUUCCACCACAAGAAUAAAGGAUUUCAAAACAGAUCGUUUCGACAGAAAAGGUUGGAUACUUGCACAUCAACAGGAAUUCAAUGAACUUUUAGAGGAAGCGCGUCACAACCUUGCCAAAGCAAAUAAAAUGAAAUACUCGGCAUCCAAUCAGGAUGAGGUUGAAGACGCCGAACAAGCAGAAAGCCACCCCAACAGCAUUUCAUGCGAAAAGGGUGAGAUACCCAGCAACCAACUGGUCGUGAAAACUGAAGAGAUUUCAACCUCAAGCCAGGGUACCACAGGUGUUUAA